AUGCAGGAUCUGUUAAUCUACGCAUUAAGGUUGGAAGUUGAGAAUGCUACGAGAACAGAUUAUUCGGUGAGGAAUGAUGGAGCCUUGAUAGUAGGAACAAGACUGUAUGUUCCUGGGGAUGAAGCACUAAAGAGGGAAAUUCUUGAGGAGGCCCACUGUUCGGCCUUCGCCAUGCAUCCUGGUAGCACAAAAAUGUAUCGUACCUUGAGGCAGCAUUAUUGGUGGCCUUUUAUGAAGAAUGAAAUAGCAAAAUAUGUUAGUAAGUGUUUGAAUUGUCAGCAAGUCAAGGCAGAGUGCCAGAAACCAUCGAGGUUGCUGCAACCACUUCCUAUUCCUGAGUGGAAGUGGGAGCGCAUUACUAUGGACUUUGUGUUCAAACUUACUUAG